GGCAAGGCAUCAUUCACUAGCGAUCAUCUCACCGGUUUGGUUCAGUCCGUCAAUCACUGGAGCGCAGUUCAGCAAGCAUUCGUUUCAAACAUGAAGGCGUUCGUGGUGUUGUCUAUGGCUUUGGCCAUCGCUUCCUGCGCGGCAGUCGACGAGUCUUCCAAGAAGGAGAAACGUGGCAUCUGGGACCACGAGCACGAUCACAAGGAGGUUAAAAUUCUGACCCACACCAUCACCAAAAAGGUUCCGGUUCCGUAUCCCGUCGAGGUCGAGAAGCACGUUCCAUACGAAGUGAAGGUUCCCUAUCCAGUGGAGGUCGAGAAGAAAGUCCCAGUGGUGGUGGAGAAGAAAGUCCCAGUGAUUGUGGAGAAGAAGGUGCCCGUUCACGUUGACCGUCCCGUUCCAUACCCAGUGGAGGUGAAGGUUCCAGUUAUCCAGAAGGAAUACGUCGAAGUGCCGAAACCGUACGAAGUUCAUGUUGAAAAGAAAGUUCCAGUGAUUGUCCACAAGCCGGUGUACAUUGAGAAGCCAGUACCCGUGACGCUGAUCAUCAAGCAGCACAAGAAGCCGUGGAGCUUAUUCUAGGAAUGAUAUGUUAGGUUAUUGGGUGGACUGAAUAAAAUUUUCGUGUAAAUAGUUUGAAA